UUUUGGGCGCCGGUGAGGUGGGAGCGCUGUCGACCCGCCCCCGUCCGCCUUGCUGGAAGUCUUGCGGGCUCUGCCCUGACGCACGAAACGUCUCUCUCCUCAGCUAGCCCCCGCGCAGACGCAGUGGUGAGCCCACGCCUGCGGGACAAAGAGUGACGUGCGGAGCUAGUAGUCAUGGCCGCGACGGAGCCGAGCUUGGUGGCCGCUGGGGUUUUCGCGUCGCCGCCUGAGAAAGAGGAAGGAGCCGGCCGGAGCUCAGGUCCGGAGGAUAACUCUGCGGGCUCCUCGUCGACUCCUAAGGCCCCACCGUCUGCCCCUGACCCCUCCAGCUCCAGUGCCGCGGUCUCUGAAACGAUUCCUACGCCCCCCGCGGCGGCCUCCGCUGCCCUGGAGCUGCCUCUCAGGCCUGCAGCCUUGGGCUCCCCGCCGCUUGCCGAAGCCGCUCCACGCUCCCCUCCACACCCUGGCGGCUCCCGACCCGGCCCCGAGACGUUUCGCCAGCGUUUCCGGCAGUUCCGCUACCAGGACGCCGCAGGCCCGCGAGAGGCGUUCCGGCAGCUGCGGGAGCUCUCGCGCCAAUGGCUGCGACCCGACAUCCGCACGAAGGAGCAGAUCGUGGAGAUGCUGGUGCAGGAGCAGCUGCUCGCCAUCCUGCCCGAAGCGGCGCGGGCUCGGCGGCUUCGCCGCCGCACUGAUGUGCGCAUCACGGGCUGAGCAGCAGCCGGGCUCAGUCAUUCUCUGGCCACGAUCAAGUCCGGGGGCUGAACCUGGGUCUCCAUUACGCGUUCCUGAGAAAUGACUUUUUGGCAGCUCCAGUCGUCUGAUAAUGUCCCUUUUGUUCGUCCUUUACUGUUUGUUUUCCCGAGCCUGUUUCCUUCCGACCUCCUUUUUGGCAUGUUGGGAGCCCAUAAGAAUAAAGCCUUUGUUUUCUGUUCA